AUGUUCGUGAUUACUGGAUUGUUUUUGGGAAGUGUUAUGACUGUUCGAUCGGUUUUGGCGGCAUUCAUCGCAAUUGAACGAUGUUUUGUGAGUUUGUUUCUGAUUAAUACGAAACGUUUUGAGAAAACAUAACGGAAAAUCGAAAACUCCCAAUAUUUUUCAGGCGACCUACUUUCCAGUUUUAUUUUAUAAUUAUCGCUGGAGAUGUUCAAGUUCUAUAUUUAUCAUUUGUAUUAUCCUUAUUGCUCUUACAGAACCACUUUUAUUUUUUGCAAUGUUAAAUUUCAAAUUUCCCAGAAUUUCAAACUGCAAAUCAUUUAUAUGUGUGGCUCCAGAAGGUUACAAAUUAUAUUCUGCAACUUUGACAUCUUUCUAUGGAGUAUUAAAUUAUGUAUUUUCAUUUUUUCUUUGUUGGAAACUUAUUGUUAUUUAUUAUAAAAAUCGACCAAGUUACACAGAUUUAAAAAAGGUACAGUAAUUUUGUGACAGAAUUUGAGCCCCAUUUCUUAUUUCAGGCCAACAUUUUAUCAAUGACUGAUGGUUUAUCUUCCUUCAUUUUUGAACUAUUGCCAAGUAUUGUGCUUCGAUUGAAUUUUGUUGAAUUCGCGGUGAUUUUGCAUCUAUCGAAAAAGAAAAAUUUGUUCAUUUUACAGAAUUUCGGUCCAAUUUUAACAAUAAUUCGACUUGUCGGGAAACUUUUUGAAAGUUGUAUAAUGCUCUAUGUAAUGAGACAGAAGAAAAGAAAAAGUGUUGUAGCUUAUGGUAUACAACCACAUAUAACUGCCACUAAUGUUAUUGAAUGA